AUGGAGGAAGAGAGAUAUGUGGCUAAUAUUAUCGAGUUUACGGGUGGAUUUACAGUCCACGUUGACGAAGAUGCAAUCAAACCACAAAAGAGAACAAAGAAAUCUAUUCAAAAGUUCGGAUACGUGUUGGGCGCAACCAUUGGUACUGGCUCUUAUUCAAAAAUUAAAAUUUGUCACUCAAAGAAAUUAAACGACAAAGUUGCCGUCAAGAUCGUGCACAAGAAGAGACUUCCUCCAGAAUACAUCGACAAAUUUGUUCCCAGAGAAAUAGCAAUCCUUCAAAAAUUGGAGCAUCCCGGAGUUAUGCAACUAAUAGAGGUUUUUGAGACGGAGAAUACUAUGUAUUUAGUAAUGGAGUAUAUGUCACGUGGAGAUUUGUUAGAUUAUGUUAAUAGUGUAGGUAAUCUACAUGAAGCUGAUGCUAGACGACUGUUCCGACAGUUAGUCGAUGUUGUAGCCUAUCUCCAUGGAAACCAAAUUUACCACCGUGACAUCAAACUUGACAACAUUCUGUUGGAUCAAAAUUAUAAUAUACGCCUAUCAGAUUUUGGCUUCUCAAGAUUUAACCCACAACGUGAAGAACUACAGACAUUUUGUGGAUCUUAUUCUUACGCAGCUCCUGAAAUUCUUGAUGGUGAAAAGUACAAUGGUGCUAAAAUAGAUAUAUGGAGUAUGGGUGUAUGUUUAUAUGGUAUGUUAAAUGGCAAACUACCAUUUCGUGAUACUGAUGUCGAUGUGCUGAGGGAAGGUAUGAAAGAAAAGAUCAAAUUCUACAAAUUUGUAUCAAGAGCUUAUAUAAUAUUGUACGUUUUGCUGUUUCUGCAUUUUUCAGAUGGACGUGAUUUAGUACGUGCUAUAUUAGAGCCUAAUGUUAAAAAACGUUAUAGUAUAAAAGAUAUAACACAUAGUAAUUGGAUGUGUCGUCCUAUUAAAACUGGCGGCACCAUGUCAAUGUCAUCACUGGCCGUAGCAGCAGUAACGAGUGAAACCUCCAAUCAAGCUAGCUUAGAUCUCAAUGCCGAGCAUGGAUUUUCGUGUGCACAGAAUACGAAGGAACAAAAACCAAAUAAAGUAUCUGGUGUACUCAGAUCUGUUGCUAUCAACCAUUCAACUGGUGCGAGCAGUGUGAAUUUGGAGAAUGUAAAAAUGCCGUUAAAGAAAGCUUCAUCAAUUGAAAUGACUACUGGUGUUAGUGGACCUGCAGGAAGACGUAUAAGUGUUCAACUCGGAAUAAUGCCAGAUGUUGCCCCUGAAGUCGUAAAAGCGGAGUCAACAUUGACACCGGCUUUGGCACCUAUUGCCGAAAAACCAAGUCGUGGAUUAGUAUCGAAGUGGGGAGCCGCAAUGGGGGGAGAAGAGACUAAUAAAUCGGGAAAUGGAAAAGCUAAUUUUAAGAAAGCUCUUAAGGCACUGACUAAAUUCAAGUGUGUGGUUCAAGUGGUAACCGCAACCAAAAGAUUUAAAAGAGGUCCUCUAACUACCAUUCUCACUAUCCCGCAAGAAAAAGCAAUGGAGAGGAUGAUAGAAAAAAGACACAGUCUACAGUUACAGGAUUUCAAGCACCUGGCUCACACAGAUGGUGCCAAAGUAGCCAACUUGUGCUCAGCGGACGUUCGCAAAGAAAGUUUACUGAAGAAAAAAAGUUCCCAAUUUAUGGAAGAGUCGGAGAGACUACGCCAAGAGAAAGUUGAAAAAAUGGAAAAUACCUUCAAUAUACUAGGUUCCAGUGUUUAAAUAAAUGAUUAUAAGUAAAUUUCUAUAGGUCU